CUGGAUCAGUGGUUCAGGGCAUAGUAAACGUUGUUUGGGUCAGAGGGUGUUGCCAAACAACCGCCUACACUCUGUAUUGAUUUUCGUGCUUUCGCCCAGACCGCUACCAGUGCUCCGACAUUAUAACUUAUGCACCUCCGAUUAUUGCUUACAUGAAUCCACCUGAAUCAAAGAAAGAACAGAAUCCGUGGUCAUUUAACCUUCGCACUCAAGCUCAUUAUGCAUCCGACUCCGACUCUGAAUCCGAGACCGAAAUUAGCUCCAAAGUCGAUACUCCUUCCGACAACACUAGACUUAUUCAAGAACUCGAUAUCUCCUUGCGGCACGAGACUGUGGAGUACAAGCCCAACCCAUGGAGUAUUGCACGUAUUAAUGCUGCUAGUCGUCCCCCGAAUAAGGAACACCCCGGCCAGGCAAUCUCAGAGGACAAACGACAAAAAUCACAACCACGGGCGCCACAAGGUCGCAUUGUGGAUGCAUUCAAAGUACAGGCAGAGCGCAAGCCACCUCGUGCACCCCCUCCUUCGAAGGCACCCAAGGUUACAAAGCCCAAGUCGAAUACGUCGCAGGUCUCUCGGGAACACCAAGUUUGUUCACACAUCCGGGGAAUGAGUAAUACUGAACCAUGGGAUUACUCGGCAGCACGAUAAUGCAUCGUUUCUUUCCAAGAGAUCUCAAAUCAGACCUUUAGAUGUGUCCGCUGCAUUGUCGUCCAACGCUCCCCUCCAUGAUCUGCAAGUCGAACCUCAUCCGGGCGUUCCAAUGUCAUCUUGCACCCCAGAUGGAAAGCGCGGCAACAUUCAAAUGAAUCAUGAUGCUCUCUUACAACGAAGCGAAGCGCAUAUAUCCACCUCCGACACGAGUCUGAUGUCAGAAUCGCAAUAUAACGCGCGAUUCAUAUCUAUGUCAUCCCCACUUACCAGCCGCGAGUA